AUGUCGAGCUUCGAGCCAAAUGCCGUGAUCCGCGGCUUCCAGCUCACAGUGGUAGGCACUGUUCGUGCAUUAGCGAACCCUGAAUUAUUCAAGUACGACCAUUUCCGGCAAGCGGCUCUCGCAAUAGCCAUCGGCAUAGUGAUUCAAUUGAUCAUUCAAAUUCCAAUACUCAGCGUGAGAUUCUCAAUCUACGUUUUAUCAUGGGUGAUCAACAUGGAACAGGCUGUCUGGGACGACAAGCUUCUCGAUGGAUUGGAAUUCAUGUCCAAGUCUGUCCUUCAGGUGCCAUUCUUGCUCAUGACCCUGAUGCGAUAUGUGACGCCCACGCUGGACGAAAUUUUCAUGCAGUCCAUUCAAUGGGUGGACAUGACAUAUAUUCAGAAACAUAAAACCGAAGAUCCCCGUCACCUACGCUCUCUAUACUACCCCAAUCUUGUUCAGUACUCGGCCAAAGGUGGUUCCAGCGUUUCUCGCCCAAUUCCCCAAGCAUUGAAGUCAUUCUUCAAUCGCUAUGCAAAGAAGAUUGGUAUGAUGCUUGGUAUAUAUCUUCUGUCGAUGGUUGUAAUCAUCGGUCGGUUCGUUAUGCCCGCAGCAAGUUUCUACACAUUCCGAAGCCAUGUCGGCUCCACCCCCGCGGCUGUCAUUUUUGGCGUAGGCUUGAUUCUGCCGAAGCACUACAUUGUCACGUUUCUUCACACCUACUUUGCUUCGCGCAGUCUGAUGCGUGAGCUUCUCGAACCCUACUUCUGGCGCAUCAAGUUCACCCCUGAGCAAAAGCGUCGCUGGUUCCGCGACCGAGAAGGUGUCCUCUUCGGCUUUGCCUUCGCUUUCACGGUCCUUCUGCGGAUCCCAUACAUUGGUGUGCUGAUGUAUGGCGUCGCCGAGGCAUCUACGGCGUACCUUGUCACCAAGAUCACCGACCCGCCUCCACCUCCAGCUGAAGGUACAAACUUCGCGGAAAGCCAGGUUACCUGGAAGAACAAACAUGAUUUCUUGCGCUUAUCUCUCGAUAAUCUUGACAAGCUCAAUGUCGACACGGAUGACGAUCAGAAGGAAUCUGGCUCCCCGGGAAAGAAGUUUACUUGA